AUGGAAUAUUGGGGACUAUUUGUGAUGAUGGAUUCGGGGAAGAAGAAGCUAGUGUUAUUUGUGGUAUGCUUGGAUAUCAUGAAGCUGGAUCAGUUCCUUAUUCUAACGCUCAUUUUGGGGCGGGAUAUGGAUCUAUUGUGUUGGAUAAUUUAAAUUGCAUUGGAACAGAAUCGGACAUAUUUGAUUGUCAGUCUAAUGGCCUAUUCCAACAUGAUUGUGGGCAUAGCGAAGAUGCUGGUGUUGUCUGUCAAGAAAAUUUUAUGAAAGUUCGGUUGGUUGAUGGUGAUGAUUCUUUGGAAGGACGAGUAGAAAUCAAUGUGAAUGGAGAAUGGGGGACUAUUUGUGAUGAUGGAUUCGGGGAUGAAGAAGCUAGUGUUAUUUGUGGUAUGCUUGGAUACAAUGAAACUGGAUCAGUUCCUCAUAUUGAAGCUUUUUUUGGAGAGGGAUAUGGAUCUAUUGUUUUGGAUGAUUUAAAAUGUAUUGGAACAGAAACGGACAUAUUUGAUUGUCAGUCUGGUGGCCUAUUCCAACAUAAUUGUCAGCAUAGCGAAGAUGCUGGUGUUGUCUGCCAAGUUUCAAAUCUGGCCAAGAGGUUUCCACAGGCCAAAGAAGAUGAGAAUGUAACAGAACUCUUCGGUGAGUUCUCAAAAUACCAGCUGUCUAAUUCUCCUUAUAAACUACCAAGCUUUGACCAGAAAACGCCAUUCUGGUGA